AUGUUGAAGGUGUCGCUGACAUGCGAUGACGACCCGUUCUUCCACUUCCUGCUGACGCUGCGGGAGGACAGCUUCAGCUUGCUGCGCUCGGCGCAGGGCCUGCUGGUCGACUUCGCCCAGUUCCCGCGCAAGUUCACCGAGCUGGUGGAGCAGUGUGUGAGCGCGGCGGCCGGCGCUGAGAGCCCGCGCUUCUGUCUCCAUCUGGACACGGCCGGCCACGACCGCGAGGCGCUGCUCGAGGUGGUCGAGGUCAACCCAUUCCGGCAGCUGUCGCACAUCGCACUGAAGCUGGCCGCCGCCUCGGACGCCGACCUCAGGCAGUACCUGGCCGGGUCCAUCAAGGCGCUCAAGGAGGACCUACAGCGCGAGCGGGCGCGGCAGGCCAGCACCGAGCAGAGCCACACCUCCCAGCUGCGGCACACGCAAGAGCUGCUGGCCCAGCGCAGCUCACAGCUGGAGCAGCUGCGCUGCCGCCAGCUGACCGAGACCAAGUACAAACAGGAGGUGCACUGCAGAGAGCUGGAAAGCCAGCUGAGGGCGUUGGAGACUGAACACCGACAGCUGAAACAGGAGGCGGUCGGCCUCCGCAAGCAGAACGCCUCGCUGGACGAGGAGUACCACGGCAAGAGCAAGUCAGUGCAGCAGCUGCGCACGCGCGUGGCCGUGCUGGAGACGGAGGAGCGGCUGGAGGACCAGGUGGCGGAGCUGCAAGCCACGCUGACCCGUCGUGAGAAGACGGUCAAGACGGUGUCGCAGGACCUGCUCAAGGCAAACGACAUCAUCCGCAAGCUCCAGACAGAGCUGGCCGAGCUGCGCGACAAGCUCGAGGCCGCUCAGAAACUGCACAAGACCAACGAGAACGUGAUCAACUGGCUGAACAAGCAGCUGAACGAGCUGCAGUCGCAGCCGCGCCGGCCGCCGGUGGCCGCCUUCUACCAGACGCAGCACGGCUCGCUGUCGGCACCAUCAGGUGAGAACGCUCCGGUGGCCGCCUUCUACCAGACGCAGCACGGCUCGCUGUCAGCACCAUCAGGUGAGAACGCUCCGGUGGCCGCCUUCUACCAGACGCAGCACGGCUCGCUGUCGGUACCAUCAGGUGAGAACGCUCCGGCGGUCACCUACCAGACGCAGCACGGCUCGCUGUCCGCACCAUCAGGUGAGAACGCUCCGGUGGUCGCCUUCUACCAGACGCAGCACGGCUCGCUGUCCUUACCAUCAGACAACGCCUAA